AUGGAGAACGAAUCCUUCAGCGUCAGCUAUAAGUUAACUCUGGACCCAUUUUUUAUUCCACCUGGUGGAAAGUAUCCCAUCUUUUUCCUGGGCAUUGCUAUCUAUUCAUUUUGUGCAUUCUGCAACCUGACUUUACUGUCCGUCAUCGUCAUGCAAAGGAACCUUCACAAACCCAUGUAUUUUAUUCUCUUCAGUCUUCCUCUCAACGAUCUGAUAGGAAUCACUGCGAUGCUCCCAAAGGUGCUGUCAGACAUUGUGACUGAGACAAACACGGUCUUUUACCCCCUCUGUGUUAUUCAGGGGUUUCUGCUCCACAUGUACGGAGGCGCGGUUCUCCUUAUUCUUGCGGCUAUGGCCUUUGAUCGUUAUGUUGCCAUCUGCCAGCCGUUGAGGUACAGUACUAUUAUGACACCCAGGAAUGUGGCGGUCAUUAUUUUACUGGUUUGGGGUCUUGACCUCCUCUUGAUCCUACUGCUGUUCUCUCUGCAGGUAAAGCUUCCCCGGUGUAGAUCCUCCAUAAUGAAUGUGUUUUGUGAUAACCCCUCCCUUCUUAAACUCACCUGUGGUAAUACUACACUGAAUAAUGUCGUAGGACUGUUUAACACUGCAGUCAUGCAGGUUAUAAGUGUCUCCAUUCAGAUUUUUUCCUAUGUGAAGAUUCUGAUCACUUGCUUGGUUACAAGAAAGUCUGACGCUAAGAGUAAGGCUUUGAACACCUGUGUGGCACAGUUGGUCAUAUUCUUCAUAUUUGAGGUUGUAGGAACCUUCACAAUUUUAUCACACAGAUUCAAGAUUGUCUCAGCUGACUUGCAAAAGAUUAUGGGCAUGCUCAUCUUUCUAGUAUCUCCACUUCUGAAUCCAAUUGUAUACGGGCUGAAUGCAAGUGAAAUACGAAUCACCCUACUGAAAGUAUUUCUCAACAAAGUAUCAGUCUGA